CUAAAUUGGUCAUUUCUUAUCAUUUUGCUUUCUUUGUAUUAUGUUUCACGCCAAUAUACAUGUAUACAAUACAAUGAAAUAUUUGUGGAUCUUUGCUGUAGCACCUAUGCUAGUGCUUUCUACAGACUGCCCAGGAGGAUGGACAGGUUAUCAAAAUAAAUGCUACUUCUUUUCUCAUACAAUGGAAACAUGGAGUAGUGCUUCGGUUGUUUGCCAGUCUUUCAAAUCAAUGCUUGCUGAACCUAGAACUACUGCAGAAAUAGGUUUUUUAUCUGGAGAACUUCAGCAUUUUGGUAUCGCCGACAUUUGGGUUGGUAUUACAGAUAUUAUAACUGAGAGUAAGUGGGUGUAUGAUUCGUCUCUGACACCAAUCGAAGUAAACAACUGGGGACCAAGAGAACCAAACGGACAUAGCGUUGAAAACUGCGUCAUUAUGUCUGGAUAUUUUCAUGGAAAGUUUGCCGAUGUCGAAUGUCACUCACCACGGAAGUUUAUCUGUGAGAGAGCAGCUCGAAUCGAUGGAGAACUUAUUGGAUAGACCGACUUGGCUUUGUAGAUCCCAAAUGCCUAUUUAGUUAUACCGGUAUAUCCAGAGUGGGCGUAUCCAUUGUUUGUACGCAAUUGGGUUUAAAAUACAACAAAAUAAAAACACAAUUAACGUUA